UUCUGCACCUCUUACGUUGUACCUGGACUCAACUCCUCAGAUGCCCCUCUCUUGUAAGGGAGAAACUAGGGCAACUUUGACACGCAAAUCACCCGCUUGGGGCUCAGCUGGGAACAGCUUCCCAUGAACCAUCCUGUCUGUCCUGUCAUGAACUUCAAACGCGAUAGAACACCCUUCCACCGCAUCUAUGAGAGCAAAGUCAACUACUGGCCAAACCGCUUCGUAGCGGUCCCCGCCGCGUAGUACGAGCUGGAGACAGUCUCGUGCCAGGAGUAUGCUACCAAGGUUGUGGGAUUGAAACUCAGAAUAAAAGGAGCCAAGUUCCCAGAACACUAUUCCCAGGUACAAUUCUUUUUUAAUUCCCUUACAAAGCACGAGAAGACAGACACACAUCGACGCUGCACUCGUAUUGCAGCUGAACCAUUGCGAUGACCCAAUCAUGUACAAGAGGAUGUCCGAGAGACCUGCUGCAUUA